AUUCAGGUCUUGCCAUGUAAAGUCGAAGCUAUAAGCUAAUUUAUCUGCCACGGCUGACUAUUAUUUGAAGUAACCUUUUUCUCGCUGUUAGGCCAGUAAUGGCCCGCGUAGCAGCAUAGAAUUAUUCAGAUAAUUGAUCAUUUUGUAGACUAAUAAAAAUGAACAAUAUAUCAAAAUAGCUACAGCUAAAUAGUUAAACAAUUAUUUUUUGAAAGUUAUGCUAAGCCUUUUGAUACUUCAAAUAUUUUAAUUUUAAAUAAUAAAUAAUAGUGAACCCAUGUUUAUUGCGGCAGGACUCGCUGUGCGGGGUAAAAAAUCUCUGAUAUAUAGAGUUUGCUCUAUACACAACGCACAAAACAUACAAUGUCUGCUUGAAAAAAUGGUGCUAUUGCUUUGAAACACUAUAACUUCUCAAGAAUCAUUAUUUUCCUCAUUAGGAUUAGUAUCCAUAUAGUGAGGCAUGUGUCGGCCAUUUUGACUUAAAGUUAGCAAAUAUGGUUUGGUUCCUGAUAAAAGGCUAAAGGAAAGUUCUCUAAAUCGGUCAUCCCAUUCCACACAUGCACGCUUAAUUUUGGACUGAGAAAAUUGAUGAUAUCAAUGCUGAUGUUGACCUGCUUCCUACCACCUGUGCUUACUUCCUGCCGUCUCGUGCAAGCCGCCUAUCUCGUCUCAUUAAGUCUUUAGCGCUUCUAAUCCACUUGUGCCUCGACGAUGCCACGAGGGACUAAAGAGCGAAGCAGCUUUGGGUCAGCGCAGUGUGCAAAGACGCGCAACCGAAGACAAGCGAAGACCUCCUUUGGAUUUGAGAUUCUCAAGAAAUGGUUCCUCAAGAUGGCCACCCUUAACCUCUUCACCUGACUAGACGGGUGGAGCAUGACGCACGACAAAUGUCCCAAUGAAAGCACCCGGGAUGUGGUGACUGGAUAGACCACGAAGAGUCAUGGGAUGUGGCGUCGCCAAGUCCAGCCAGUUCCAAAAACACCCGGUCAAAGGCAUCACAUCAAUAAGGGCGGCCGUGCUGAUUCAGCAGUGGUACCGUCAGUAUGUGGCACGCAUGGAGAUGAGGAGGAGGUACACCUGGCACAUUUUCCAGUCCAUCGAGUACUCGGGAGAGCAGGCUCAGAUCAAGCUGUAUAACUUCCUGGGCUACCUCAUGGACAACUUCACACCGUCGAGCAACGAACGAAACCUGAUCUCGCACAUCUUUCGUGAGAACGAGGUGUGCCGCGACGCCGAGUGGGAGCGUUACUUCUGCUACAAGAAUAUCGAGGUGCCCGAGAUCUACUCGGGACCUCACCUGUGCUUCCCUCUGACGCUGGAGCAGGCCGUCUACCUGGUGGAGGCCUUCCGGAACAAGAAACAGCUGCACUCGCGCUACGUCCUGCAGCUCCUGUUGGAGACAUGGAAGCUGCUGCGCAUGUUGCCCAACAUCAGCCGCAUCUCCACCUGCCACAGCAAGGAAAUCACCAUUUGUGGAGAUUUGCAUGGGCAGCUGGAAGACCUGCUGUUGAUUUUCUACAAGAACGGAACGCCAUCCCUGGAGAAGCCUUACGUCUUCAACGGAGACUUUGUGGACCGAGGCAAGGACUCCAUCGAGAUCCUCCUCAUCCUCUUCUCCUUCCUGCUGGUCUAUCCCACCGAGGUGCACUUGAACCGAGGCAACCACGAGGACCACAUCAUCAACCUGAGAUACGGCUUCACUAAGGAAGUGUUGACCAAAUACAAGAUGCACGGCAAACGGAUCCUGAAGCUGCUCCAGAAGAUCUUCAGCUGGUUGCCACUGGCGACGGUGAUCGACCAGAAAGUUCUGGUCUUGCACGGCGGCAUUUCAGACUCCACGGACCUCGGUUUGCUGGCUCGAGUGGACCGACACACUUACGUUUCGGCGCUGAGGCCUCCCAAGAAGAGGAAGCAGCAGAGCUCCACGGGCACUUCCAUCGACUCCGACAUGGACGACGAGUGGGCCAAUCACAGGCUCUUCCAGCGGCGGGCUUCAUUCACAUGUCCCAAGCCGAUGGUGAGCCGCGACGGCUUCCUCAACCGCUCCCUGCAGGACUUUUCCGAUCGGAUCAAGGUCAACGUGGAGGGCGAGCUGAAGCACGGACAGCAGAGAGCCCCGUUGGUGCGUCUGGGGAGCUUUGGCGCCGAAAAACAAGCAGAUGCCUCCUUUGACUCGGUCACUAGCGACACCGCCAAGGAAGAGUGGAAGCAGAUCCUGGACCUGCUGUGGAGCGACCCCAUGUCGCAAGACGGCUGCAUACCCAACGAACUUCGGGGCGGCGGAUGCUACUGGGGCCCCGACGUCACCGAGGACUUCCUGAGCAAGCACAACAUGCAGUUCAUCAUACGCUCGCACGAGUGCAAGCAGGACGGCUACGAGUUCUGCCACAAUCGCAAGGUCCUGACGCUCUUCUCGGCCUCCAAUUACUACGACGUGGGGAGCAACCGAGGGGCCUACGUGAAGCUGGGCCCCAACCUCGUGCCUUACGUGGUUCAGUACCAGGCCAGCAGCAUGACCAGAGAACUCACUGCCCGACAAAGCAUGGGGCAGACGGAGCGCUCGGCCCUCAAAGUCCUUCGGGAGCAGCUGUUUUCCCACAAGUCGGACCUCAUUUGUGCCUUCAAAAGAUUCGACUGCGACAACACGGGUCUGGUGUUGGUGACGGACUGGGCUACGGCGGUGGAAAGCGUGAUGCGACUGGGCCUUCCCUGGCGGAUGUUGCGCUCUCAGCUGGUCAGCGGCAAGAGCUCCGAUGACCUCAUCGAUUACCAGCAGUGGUUCAACGAGCUCGCCAUCAAAGGGGCCAACGCUGACCACAUUGACCAGUGUCUGCUCGAGACCUUGUAUCGCCAUCGCUCCACCGUGGAAACCAUCUUCAGGAUCGUCGAUACGGAUAACUCAGGCUUCAUCUCGCCAUCGGACUUCCGUCAGACGUGGAAGUUGCUGAGCGCGUACCUGAAGAUGGAGAUCACAGACGAGGCCAUCUCGGAGUUAUCCGUGGCCAUCGACAGCAACCGUGACGGGGCCAUCGAUAUCGACGAGUUCAUGGAAGCCUUCCGUCUCACCGACAAGAAGAGUCGACUGGAGAGGGGCCGCAGCAUGUUCAUGGCCACCGCGCCCGACCUCACCGCGCUCGACCAAGAUGAACACGUUUGAACGCAGCUCACAGCGUCACCAAUCGCUGAUUGACUUUGUGUGUGUGUGUUUUUUUUUUUUUUUGGAAAGACGUAAUCCUUAUAAUGAACAAAUAUUUAUUCUCUGUUGUAUCACCGUUUCUUAGGCCACAAACUGGAUUAAAGUGAUUUGAUUUUUCAUCAGGUUGGUGCUGACUUGCCUUUAAAACAUCCCCAGUUAAUCAGUGUUGUGCAAUCAGAUCAUUUCAGUUGUUUGAUGUUUCCGCAAGUCAGUUGUACAAGUUAAGUCACAUUAAUGACGACAAAAGUUUUGAAAUGUUUCAGCUCGGGCUCCUUUUUUCCCCAUACAUAUCACAAAAGCCUGAGAUUUGAACGGGUGUGUAGACUUUUUCCAUCCACCGUAUGUUUACUGUAGAAAGAGUUUGUGUGUUUCAUAUGUGCAAAGCUGCUGUACUGUGUUUAAAAAAGGUUGUUCUACUCUUUCAUUUGAACUUUUAUCGCUUUUUUUAAAAAGUUUUUUUUAAUUACGUUAAUACAUAUUUACUAUGUAAAUAUAGUCUAAGUAUGAAAUUAAUAUUCCAGCUGUUAUGUACAUUUUUAUUUAAUGUACGUUAAAAAAUUUAAAAAACACACAUUCUGUCCUUUAUAGUGUUCAAUUUAGAUUUUAAAUCCCAUUUAAAAAAAAAAAUCUUGCGUAUUUGUCAGUGAAAAU